AUUUCAUAUCAGCUGCAUUGUUAGUGUAGCGUAUUUUAUUAAAAAUAUUAUAUUAUUUUGUUAGUAUAUUUAGAAUGACGCUUUCGGUAGUUGCUCAUCAGGCGUUCAUCAACACCAACCUGGGUGAAUAAUAGUAGGGGUGCCGCUACAAAGUGAAAAUGUUAACACCUGCUUAAAAUAAAAGAUAACGAAAAUAUAUAAUAAAUCAUCUAUGAAACAACGGAUAUUGUGCAAGUUUUUCCCUGAAAGUUAAAUUUUGUUUGUACCGUAUUUUAAUUAAAAUACCACAUUGUGAAAUGAUAUAAGAAGAAAUGAAUUCGUAAAUAUAUCUCAUAAUAGCAAAUUUAUACAUAUGUAUAUUGUUAAGUAAUUAGUGUCAAAAGCUAAAAUGGAAGCUAUUUUCAACUACUUUGAGAAAGGUCAGGUGCUGGUUGUUGCCGAUUUGCUUAGCCUGAUAACAGUAUCAUCCUGUCUGGUUAUCAAAGUGCCACAAAUCAAUACAAUACGUGCUAAUAAGACAUCGCAGGGAAUCAGCGUACUUGGUCUCUGCCUAGAACUUUUCAGCUACACUGUGAUGAUAUCAUAUAACUACACCAGUGGCUACGAAUUUUUAUCCUAUAUGGAAUAUCCUAUACUACUCUUGCAGGAGUACGCACUUAUAUAUUACACGUUCCUUUAUAAGAAUUUAUUAGGCAAACGGACGCAACUAGUGACGGUAUUAUACACCAUUGUGGCAUCGUUGAUCUAUUUUAAACUAUUCCCGCUCGCGAUACUCACGUUCCUGGUGCCAUUUUGCACCCCGAUUGGUGCUACAAGCAAAGUAUUACAAUUGAUCGAGAUUUUACGCUCAAAGGAUGCUUCUUCUGUCAGUCGAACAACUUGGGCAUUGUCCGCAUUCACCAACAUGACUCGCAUCUAUACAGUCUAUGUGCAAUCAAAUGAUUUGAUGUUGUUAAGCAAUUUUUUAAUAUCUACCUUCCUAAGCUCAUCGGUGUUUGCAGCAGCAUGCGUUUACAGAAGGAAAGUUAAACCCGAAUAAAAAUAAAACCGGCUAAAUAAUUUGCCGUUGCAGCAUGCAACUUGUACAUACAAACAAUGGAAAUUAUGUUAUAAUAAGUUUAAAACUUAUGUAAAAUAAAGUGACAAACUGACUAAACAUGA